AUGGCGGCGGCGGAGGCUGGGCGGAGAUUGCAUAUUCAGCACGUGACUUUAAGCGCGGGUAGACUAUUCCAGAUUAGUGAUAUAAUUAGGGCUUACCCUCGACCGCAACUCAUCCGCACUUUAAUCAAACGGGAAAUUCAAGAUCGAUUUGAACUCGCGACAAUGCUUAUUCCCAAGGCCGACCGCAAGAAGAUCCACGAGUACCUCUUCCGUGAGGGUGUGCUCGUGGCCAAGAAGGACUUCAACCUUCCCAAGCAUGGAGAAAUUGACACCAAGAACCUUUACGUCAUCAAGGCUCUUCAGUCCCUAGACUCCCGCGGAUACGUCAAGACCCGUUUCUCCUGGCAAUACUACUACUACACCCUCACCCCCGAGGGUCUCGACUACCUCCGUGAAUGGCUCCACGUCCCCGCUGAGAUCGUGCCUGCCACCCACAUUAAGCAGCAACGCUCCCAUGCUCCUCCCCGCGGUAUGCUCGGUGGUGAGGAACGUGAGCGUCGCCCUGGUGGCCGUGGUGGUCCUCGUGGUGACCGUGAUGGCGGUUACCGUCGUCGCGAGGAAGGAAAGGAGGGUGGUGCCCCUGGCGAGUUCGCUCCCACCUUCCGCGGUGGAUUCGGCCGUGGCCGUGGUGCUGCUCCUCCUUCAUAA